ACAUAGCUUCCCGUCAGUCGGGCCGCUAAGCCACCAGAGACCGGACGUUUCGCUUCCAUCAGCCAGCCAGCAAUGAUACGACAGGAGAGCUUCAAGUCCUUCAUCCCAGACGUGAAGACAGCCAGUGAUGUCUCGGAAUACAUGGAACCAGCGCUAUCUCACCAGUACCUGUUUGAGAGAAAGACUUCACCUUGGGAGAUGGCCUCGUGGGAUGAAGAGGACCUGCACAACUUCGAGGUGGACGUAGAAAAGAUCAGCUCUGUGUAUUACGUCAAAUGCAAUGACGAUGACUUCGGCAGCGACUUCUUCCUCUUGACACGAAUGAAGUAUAUGGACAGACACGCCUUCGUCAUGCUCUCCGCGGGGUGCGACUACACAGGGUUUGACUGCCAGGGCGGAGGAGAUAUCUACGUCACUUUUAACCCCGACACCUUCAUCCGUGUGGCACUCGAGACAGUUGACGACGAAGACUUCUUACUUCAGUCACUAAGAGAGGAUGGCUUCCACUUGGAGCAGCUUCAGGACACCAAGUGGACGAGAAUCGAGGCCUGGAACGAGGGUCACUCCGAGCUGGACUUGCUGCCACACGACGCGAUACAGAACAACGGCGACGCUUUGACCGAAGACGAUGCGGCGUUAGUGUACCCUUCCUUGUACACCACACCAAUGACAACCCUUGAUACCACGCAUUGUGUCACCACCAGUGUGGCUUAUACAUGACGUAAAUUUAUAUAGGUGUGUGUACGUGUGCAUGUUAUUUAUUGUGUGCUUGGAUUAUGGUGUUUAUUAAAAGAAAUAUGUCUA